CUGACGUAAACCGUGGACGUAAGCUACGUAAAGUGGUUGUCUUUGUAAAAACAUUCGAAGCAAAAUAAUAAUUUAAUUCUACAAAAUUUUAUUUUGUUUAGAACAAAAUUAUUUUGCAUUCAAUAAAGAAUUACUAAAAUAUUUGUCUAAUUUAUUUGUACAAUUUGCUUUCUUUAAACCGUUGCUAAAGUAAUGUUUAGAUUUUGAGGUUAGAAAAGAAUUUUAUAUGUUAAAGUUUUUAUUAAAAUUUUAAAAUAACGUGAUAAACAGUGCAUUGUUCAUAUUAAAUGUUUACAAAAAUGACUUAUAACAUUGAUUGUAUUUUCAGUUUAGUGCUUUUAUGUUUUUAAUUAGGGAAACUAUAAAAAUAUAUAAUAUUAUAAAAGAAAGGAGAAUUUGUUAUUUGUUUUGCAAUUGUAAUUAAAAACUAUCUGCCGAAUAUUAAUUUCAUGUUUUCAAAAUGGCAACUGCAAAGAAUGAUAUUAGAUUGCCAGCUGAUAUUCCUCAAUUGUUGCUUGAAAAACAUGCGAAAUAUCUCGUUUCCUAUUCAAUUAAUAAAGAUGAUUAUACAUAUUGUAUGACGGAACAUUUGAGAAUGUCGGGAAUUUAUUGGGGCUUGACAGCUUUAGAUCUAAUGGAUCAAUUGGACAGUAUAAACAGAGAAGAAGUAUUAGAAUUUAUAGGAAAAUGCCAAUAUGAUUGUGGAGGAAUUGGUGCCAGUAUCAACCACGAUCCACAUUUAUUAUACACUUUAAGUGCAAUCCAAAUACUUUGUAUGUACGAUGCACUGGAUGUAAUUAAUGUUGAUAAAGCUGUGAAGUACAUCAAAGAAAGACAACAAUCUAAUGGUAGUUUCACAGGAGAUAUUUGGGGUGAAAUUGAUGUCAGAUUUUCAUUUUGUGCUGUAGCAUCAUUAUCUCUGCUGGGCAGAUUAGAUGAAAUUGACGUCGAAAAAGCUGUUGAAUUUGUAAAAAGUUGUAUGAAUUUUGACGGAGGAUUUGGUUCGAAACCAGGAAGUGAAAGUCAUUCCGGUCUUAUUUACUGCAGUCUUGGGCUGUUAUCAAUUACAGGUCAUUUACAUUUAGUGGAGGUUGAUAGAUUAGGAUGGUGGUUAUCAGAAAGGCAAUUAACAUCUGGUGGAUUAAAUGGUAGACCAGAAAAAUUACCAGAUGUUUGCUACUCCUGGUGGGUUUUAUCAUCUCUUUCAAUUCUGGGGCGAUUGCAUUGGAUAGACAAAGAAAAAUUGCUAAAUUUCGUAAUGUCAUGUCAGGACGUAGAAACUGGAGGUUUCAGCGAUCGACCUGGAGAUAUGGUUGAUCCAUUUCACACCUUAUUUGGUUUAACAGCUAUAUCUUUACUGGACAGUAAUACUACUUUGAAACCAAUUAAUCCAACAUAUUGCAUGCCACAGUAUGUCAUAGAUCGUUUAGGUUUGAAGCCUUCUCGAUUAGAAAGAUGAUUUUCCAUCCAUCGGGACCUGUUUCUAACGAACAGUUUCUAAUUUAACUUACAGAUGGAAGCACUUAUUAGAUAAACUGAGAAUACCCUGAACUAUAUUAUAAUUAAAAUAAUUUUCUUCAUAUCUAGAGCCGAUAGAAAAUUGGAACCGUCUUUUUACUUUAAACGAAUGACAAAUGAUUUCUGUAGUGAUACUUUCGCUUUUCUCACUUAUGUCAAAUGUUCAUUUAAUAUUUUUUAAUUAGCAGAAGUGAUUAGUUGCACCUAAUAUUAUUGUAUGUAUUGUAAUAUUUAAUAUAUAGUAAUGCUGUACAUUAAAAUUAAAAUGUUACUUUCAAGAUAAUAUUAUAGUAACUUAUGGUAAUAUUAUUGUAACGUUUCAGUAAUAAUGCACAGUAAUCACAAAAAUACAGGUAAAUUAUCCUUUAUAUGCAUAACUAUCAGACAGUGUUAAAUUCACUUUCUAAUUGCUACUUGAAGAAAUGAUCCCUCCUACAAUCUUCAAAGAAGAAAGUGCUUUAUUUAAUUUGUUCUCAUUUAUCAAUUGAAUUGAGUCUUGCAUUUGAAUAAGGUUUUUAUUACGCUUAAACUUGAAUAAGACUUGUUAAUACACGAAACUUUGAAUAAGAAUUAUAUU